AUGGCGACCCCCACCGGCUCCACCCCCUCGGGCGGCCUCGCGCUCCCUACCCAGGUCGACGCCCUCAAGUUCGCUCCCCGCCAGCGCCUUGACAGCGUCGGCUACAUCUCUUCGCCAUUCCCCGCAAAGGCCACCCAGCAGGCCCAGGUCGCCCAGACUCUCACCGAGUCGGGCUUCAUGCCUGCCGAGCUCGUCAACGGCGAGGUCGACUGGUUCUACAACAGCCUCGGCAUUGACAACGCCUACUUCUCCAAUGAGACGCCUCAGAACAUCUCUGACAGCAUUUUGGGUCUCUACUCGGCCAAGCUCCUGGCCUUCACCAAGCACGACCCUGCCGCUCUCAAGAUCGAGCUUGAGAAGGUGACUACCGAGGAGGACUGCAAGGCUGGCGUCAAGGAGGGUGCCGUCUUCAUCCACUCGUCCGCCGCCGGUGUCUCGGCAAAGGACGGCCCGGGCGCUACCGUCGAGAAGCGCAUCGAUGACAUGUUCAUUGACAAGAGCACCGCCGAGAAGGCCUACCGUCUCGAGUCGUACCGCUCGGCUGGCUCUAUCUCGUCCAACGUCUCCCAGCAGCUCCGCUGCUACUUCGUGACGGCCUGCGAGUUCCCCGCUGGUGGCGCCACCAAGACUGCAUCGGGUACCACCGACAUCAAGUCGGUGUCGGACAAGGCCUUCCUCGAGAAGGCUACCCCGACCACGAUCGACCUCUACCAGGGCAUUAUGGACGAGGUCUCGCGUCGCUCCGGCCCCGUUAUCGAGAGCUUCCAGAUCGAGGACACCCGCGAGUACCGCAUCAUCAUCGGUUACAAGCAGGGUGGCACUCGUCGCUACUUCUCGGCCCUCUCGGACCUGUACCACUUUUACGGUCUCUACAGCACCCGCAAGUUCGUCGAGCAGUUCGCCAACGGCACGACCAUCAUCUCCCUCUACCUCGGCCCUGUCCCCAACUCCAAGGCGCCCCCUAUCGAGCACUCGGUCCAGCAGGUCGUCCGCGAGGCAUCGCUCCUCUACUGCCUGCCCGACAACCCGUUCUUCUCGGUCGCCGAGGGCGAGUCGCCCCACGCUGUCCAGGAGGCCACCUACGCCUACGUCUGCUGGAUCUUUGCCCAGCACUUCUGCAACCGUCUUGGUCCCGCGUACGCCGCGCUCAAGGACGUCCUCGACGACAACAACCCGGACCACGCCGACGUUCUUGCCAAGAUCAAGACUCGCUUCCGCGAGGAAACCUUCACCCGCGAGCUCAUCCGUGAUGUCAUCCAGACCCACCCCGAGCUCGUCCGUCUCCUCUACAUCAACUUUGCGAUGGUCCACUACCCCGCGGCCGACGAGGCAUCGCAGCUCACCCCCACCCUCUCGUUCCAGCGCAUUAAGACGGUUCAGCCCCUCUCGGACCAGGACCUCUACGCCAAGAUCAAGCGCGAGGCCACCAACAGCCGCGCCGCCCAGGUCCUCGAGGCGUGCUUGAUCUUCAACAAGCACGUCCUCAAGUGCAACUUCUACCAGCCUACCAAGGUCGCGCUGUCCUUCCGUCUGGACCCCAACUUCCUCCCGGACAUUGAGUACCCCAAGAAGCCCUUCGGCAUCUUCUUCUUCGUCUCGAGCGACAUGCGUGGCUUCCACGUCCGCUUCCGUGACGUCGCUCGUGGCGGUAUCCGUCUCGUCCGCUCGCGCAACCAGGAAAACUGGGCCGCCAAUGUCCGCAACCUCUUCGACGAGAACUACAACCUUGCCUACACUCAGACCCUUAAGAACAAGGACAUUCCCGAGGGUGGCUCCAAGGGCACCAUCCUGCCAUCUCUCGGUGCCGACUACGAGGUCUGCUUUGAGAAGUACAUUGACUCGCUCAUCGACCUUCUCAUCCCUGGCCAGUCCCCCGGCAUCAAGGGCCCCAUUGUUGAUGUCUCGGGCCGUGACUCGCCGGAGGUCCUCUUCCUUGGCCCCGAUGAGGGCACUGCUGAGAUGAUGGACUGGGCUGCCCUCCACGCCAAGAAGCGCGGCGCUCCUUGGUGGCGCGGCUUCACCACCGGCAAGAGCAACCUCCUUGGCGGUGUCCCCCACGACCGUUACGGCAUGACCUCGCUCUCCGUCCGCCAGUACGUGCUCGGCGUGCUCAAGACGUACUGCGCCAACGACAAGGUCGUCACCAAGCUCCAGUCUGGUGGCCCUGACGGUGACCUCGGUUCGAACGAGAUUCUUCUCUCCAGCGAGAAGGAGAGGACUGUCGGUAUCAUCGACGGCUCGGGUGUCAUCUACGACCCCAAGGGUCUUGACCGGGCUGAGCUUGUCCGCCUCGCCCGCGCUCGCAAGAUGAUCAUCCACUUUGACGAGUCAAAGCUUGGUCCCGAGGGCUACAAGGUUCUCGUCGACCAGUCCAGCGUCAAGCUGCCAUCAGGCGAGGUCGUCGACGGUCUUGACUUCCGCAACACCUUCCACCUCCGCGUCAAGUGUGACCUCUUUGUGCCCUGCGGUGGUCGCCCUGAGGCUGUCAACAUCACCAAUGUCAACCGCCUCGUUGACGCCGACGGCAAGCCCAACUUCAAGUACAUUGUUGAGGGCGCCAACCUGUUCUUCUCGCAGCAGGCUCGCUUCUUCAUGGAGAAGAAGGGCGUGGUGCACUUCAAGGACUCGUCGACCAACAAGGGUGGUGUCACCUCGUCGUCGCUUGAGGUUCUCACCGGUCUCGCCCUCAACGAUGCCGAGUACGCCGAGAACAUGAGCUACACCGACAAGCCAUCGCCGUUCUACCAGGCCUACGUCAAGGAGGUGCAGCAGAAGAUCUGCGAGAACGCAGCUGCCGAGUUCAACUGCAUCCAAAAGACGUGGAACUCUGCCAAGGGCACUAAGAGCCGCACCGCCAUCUCGGACGAGCUCUCGCAGACGCUCAACAAGCUCCAGGACUCGCUUGAGCACUCUGACCUGUACGACAACGAGAUUGCCCGCCGCAACGUCCUCAAGCGGGCCUUCCCCUCAACGCUGCAGGAGAAGCUCGGCGGCAUCGACAACAUGAUGGCGCGCCUUGAGCCUGCGUACCUCAAGGCGGCGUGGUCGGCCUACGUGUCGUCGCACUUUGUCUACGAGAGCGGCCUCGACGACGCGGGCAACGUCGCCUUCUUCAAGUUCUUCACCAAGUUUGGGGCGCAGUAA